AGAAAGACCUACCCGAGGGCGCGCGGCCUCGGCUGUGGCGCGGGAGUUACUUCCGGGUUACGCCCCCGGAAGCAGGAAGUCGGUUUACCCUCCUCGCCCGGCGGCUGCAGUCCCCGAGGCGGGAGGAGCCCGAGGGGGCGCGGGCCCCGCAUGUGUAAGCCACUGUUGGGAGUCAAGCUCACUCUUUGGAACUUCCCUCUGUGGCAAAGUUCAUUCCUGCCAGAGUUGGAUCUUCUUUCUUUCUGGAGGGAUUUUGUAUUGGAAGACAUGGAUCUUGCUGCCAAUGAGCUCAGCAUUUAUGACAAACUUUCAGAGACUGUUGAUCUGGUGAGACAAACAGGCCAUCAGUGUGGCAUGUCAGAGAAGGCAAUUGAAAAAUUUAUCCGACAGCUGCUGGAAAAGAAUGAACCUCAGAGGGGGCCGCCCCAGUAUCCUCUUCUGAUAGCGAUUUAUAAGGUCCUUGUAACCCUGGGAUUAAUCUUGCUCACUGCCUACUUUGUGAUUCAACCUUUCAGCCCAUUACCACCUGAACCGGUGCUUUCUGGAGCUCACACCUGGCGCUCACUCAUCCAUCACAUCCGGCUGAUGUCCUUGCCCAUUACCAAGAAGUAUAUGCCAGGAAAUAAGGGAGUUCCUCUGCAUGGGGGUGAUGAAGACAGACUCUUUCCAGACUUUGACCCUUGGUGGACAAACAGCUGUGAGCAGAAUGAGUCCAACCCCAUCCCUGCCAACUGCACUGGCUGUGCCCAGAAAUUACCCCUCAAGGUAAUGCUCCUGGAAGAUACCCCGAAGAAAUUUGAGAGAUUCCAUCCUCUGGUGAUCAAGACCGGACAGCUCUUGUUAUCAGAGGAGCUUCAGCAUUUCCUGUGCUGGUAUCCUGAAGUAACAGAAGGCUUCAAUGAAGGGUUUUUCACCAAGUGGUGGCGCUGCUUUCCCGAACGGUGGUUCCCAUUUCCUUAUCCAUGGAGAAGACCUCUAAACAGAUCACACAUUUUACGCGAGCUUUUUCCUGUUUUCACCUACCUACCAUUUCCAAAAGAUGCCUCCUUAAAAAAGUGCUUCCUUCUUCAACCGGAACCUAUUGUGGGUAGUAAGAUGCAUAGGAUGCAUGACCUGUUUAUCAUUGGCAGCGGUGAGGCCAUGUUGCAGUUCAUCCCUCCCGUCCAGUGCCGAAGACAUUGCCAGUCUGUGGCGAUGCCACUAGAGCCAGGGGAUAUUGGCUAUGCCGGUGCCAGGAAGGCCUACGUUAUAGCCAGAGGGGUCCAGCCUUUGGUCAUCUGUGAUGGAACCACCCUCUCAGAACUAUAGGAAACAAGAACUAUACAGAGGAACAACUUUGAGUGCUGAAGACCAGAUUGAAAGGGGAGAAAUAAAAACAAAAAACGAUGAAACCACUUGCCAAGGUUACUUAGUUACCUGCCCUAUGCAUGCGUGAAUGAGCCAGCUGUAUGCUGGAGGCACUGGCCAGAUCUUGGCCCUCCCGACUCUUCCAGCCUAGCUGCCUGGCCAGGGCUUUGCCAGUACCUGUCUAUGAGAGACUGGGCUCUUCUAUCUUCUAUACCUUUUGGAGCCACAGCCUUGAGGCUGCCCUUCAGGCAGGAAACGAGAUUGGUGCCUUCCCUCACUUGCAUGGCAUGAUCCCCUCUGCUAGCUCCCUAGCCACAGAGAGGGCAGACAGCAGGUCCCAACUUCAGAGCCAUCCCUUACCAGGUGGACCUGCUUGUCUCUCUACUGGUCACACCAUCCUAUACUUUGGAAAGCCAUGGCUGAUUAAAGAAGUCUUUGCAGUUUCCCAAGCAGAGUGGAAUCUAGAAGCAGUGAAACAAGAUUAAAUAAUCUCAUUGCACUCAAGAAAUGCACUGCUUUCCCAGUGUCCCUGACUCUUGGGAGUCUCAGUGAUGCCAGAUUGGAGUCUGAUUAUAAUUGAACCGCAAAUUCCUAGGGGUAGCACUUUCUUCCAUUUGAUCAGGUUCUUAUGCACCAUACCCGAUCCCCACCUUUAGCUCCCUUCCCUUCUUGCUUGCCACUAUGGCUGGUUUCUCAGAAGUUGGACCCCUUCCCUGGCUGGUCCAGAGCCCUUACUGCUGAGGCAGCACUGCUUCUGUCAACUGGGUUGCUUUUACCAAGUGUCUUCAGAGGAGACAAGUUAGAAUGCUGGCCUGGGGAGUGUGUGCCUCCCCGGGUUUGAUCUUUAAGGUCCAACUUUCAGCAGGGAAGAUGUUUUACAGAUGUGUCAGGCUGAUGUUGUAAUGUGGUUGGGGAAGGAGCUCCAGGCCCAACAUAUUUGCCAACUGGGUGUGCGACUGUGGGAUCCUCUGUCUUAAAAUUAUUUCUCUCUUUGUAUCAGGAAACAAGGUGAGGUAUUUUUAUCAUUUGUAAUGACAUAAAGCUAUGUUCUUUCAGUUGGGUGACUGAUUCACUAUGCUUAUUGUUUUCCCCAAGUGCUUUUAAUAUGUAUCAAUCAAACGGUAUAAAUAGGGCAUACUUUUCUUCCUCUUUUUUUUUUCCUUUAUUCGUUUAUUGAUGCUGCUAGAUACUUGGCCUUUAGUCAUGCCAUCACCAAGCUGAAGACAACCCACCAUCGCACCUGGUUCUGAACUACAGAAAUCAGAUGAGUACAGGUACCCAUGGCAGAUUUAAUGGACCAGAGGCGGACAGUGGUGAGAGAGGGACCUAUGAGUCCUUGCAGGGUGCUUUUCAUCCAUGAAGGCACCCUUGUACCUUAUCCCUGGGCCCUCUCUUAGCACAUCUCCUAAGCAGCACUGGGGAUCAUCAAGACACUGGAGGGCUUGUUUGUAUACUUGUACGGGACAAGAAUGGUUCACAGAACUUAAGGUGGAAAUAUUCAGCCUCUGCAGACGUGAAUAAAACUAGGAUAAAUGGUACCAGAGGGAAUUUUUCCUUAAACCAGUCUGUGCCUUGUGUGGCUUAAUACAGGAAAAACAAAAAUUUUUGUACAUAUAAAAGUCACGCUGCUAAGCAGUUAUGAUUUAAGAGGUUCUAAAUCAGAGGGAUCAUUUCGAGGCCAGCUUUGCGCAAGCUUUUAGAGCCUUUGCAGUGUCCUUACCCCUGCUGUGCAUGGAGAAGGAUUAUAUGUAAACAAGUUCUUUAGAGUUUUCUUAAAUUAGGUCCUUUGAGUUAACAAAAGAGAGGGUUUCUUAGAAGAAAAACUGGAUGAUUGAGAUUUCUGUUUUGUCUUCGAGUUACCCUGGAUUAGUUCCCCAUUUCACUCCUGCCCUUCACAUCUUAAACGUUCAUAAAAUAUCCACUUCAGCUCAAAACUUUGAUAACUAAGAAACCCUCGCAUGUGUUGCCAUCCUGGGGCAUCCCCUGGAAAGUGCCCUAAGCCCCUGAGCUGUCUACAGUUCAACAGAAAAUGACGUGGCAGCAGAUGAGGCGAGACUUACGUGCAUUUCCUACUCUAAACUUAAAAUAUGUCCCAUUCAGAAUUGAGGGUAGAUUUCUGUGAAGGAAGAAAUUUUCCAAAGAGAGUUUCCCACUCUUAAUUACUGGAGAUGUAGAAGUAAUUUGCCUUCUUCUCAAGGCAAUUCUGAUAAGUGGAAUACAGGAAUGGCUUCCCUCAGGAAUGACCUCGAUUGCCAGCCUGAGGCUUUGUAUGAGGGUGCUGCUCACCCAGCUCUCUGCUCCUCUGUGGAAGCAGCAGAAGUCCCUCCACAUGACCCAGGCAGCAAAAGAAGGUUAUCAAGAAGGGGAGGGGGGGCAUAGUGGGACUACCUAACCAACCCCCAAGCUGCAACACAAGAACAAAAUGCUCACAAAUGUGUUGAGUGUUUACUAAGAGGUGACAUGGUGGUGACCUCCACACAUGGAUUAGGUCCACUUUCUUGUAGGUGCCCAGGGUAGUGACUUAUAUCCCCUGAUCAGCUCUCUGGGGAGAAAGGCUGCUUUGGCACCAGUCAAAGCAUUUAUGUCCAGGUGUCCUGACAUCUGUAGGGGUCAAGUAUUGACAAGACAUUACACCUGUUCAGGCUUAUAAAAAGAGGCAGAAAAAAAAAAAUAAAAAGAGGCAGAACUUAACCUCUCCUGACUCAAUUUUUUUAGGGAAGGGAGGGAGUAAAAUAAUAUGGUUUAUGAAAACAGAAUCUAGGGGUGCCUGGCUGGCUCAGCCAGUGGAGCAUGCCACUCUUCAUCUCCAGUUGGAAGUUCGAGCCCCAUGUUGGGUGAAGAGAUUACUUAAAAUCUUAAAAAACAAAACAAAACAAAAAACCCUACUUAUUUGGUGAAAAACAAAAUGGCCAGAAUUGGCGUCAUUUUCUGAGAGAAAGAAUAGUAAUGUUUGUCCAGUCCUUUCUAAGAGGGCCUUGAUAGACGUAAUCUCCUUUCAUCUUUCCUCAGUACUGUCAAGUAGGUGUUAGAUCCUCAUUUUACAUGAAACUCGGGCUUAGGGCAGUUAACUGUUGGUCAGUAGGUAGUUGGUUUUACCGCAUAUCAUUUCCCUGCUUCAGCACAGCGUGGUGCCCCAGGAUGGACGAGGCUGUGGGUUUCAUUACCUGGGGCGUGCCCCCACUGGGACAGGAGGACCUCGGGAGAGGGUCAGCAAGCCAGGAACUCUUCAGGGUUUGUUUUCAAGAUUGUUUUGGACAGAGAUGGAAGAGGAGAGAAUCUAACCAGAUGACUUUUAUAAAAAUCCUUUCACUUUUUUCCCUCCCCAUUUGAAAACUCUUGAAGAGUGAGUGUAGCUGGAACACGACUAUGUGUCCAGCCAUUUUCCCAUCACACAUGUUUCCAGAUGUGUGACCAGAAGAGGGACUCUGCCCAGUUCCAGUCGUGACUCCCCUUAGAGUUUACCUCACUUGUUUUUCAGCUCUCUGUCUUCUUGUCCCUUCUUCCCAAAUCCAGUAUAGACCUCUGUGUAGGAGCAAUUUGUUUUUUUUUUAAACUCUCAGUGUCUUUAGCUGCAGGUGAUAGCCUCACUCAUUUUAAUAUCCUCACUCUGGGAUGAGAAUUUGCUCCUUAACCAGUGGCUUCCAUAAUGAACAUCCAAAAACCGAAAGCAGAUGUUCACUUCUCACCUAAUCCUUGCCUGCAGGAAGCGGCCACGUUGUAGGGGGAAGAGCCAAAACUGCCUGCUGAUUGCAUGGAGAGAGGCAAUACGGGCCACCUUUUGAGAAUCAGUUACUAAUCAGAGGGGUCUUUUACGCUUUUGAGCUCUCCCUAGUGAUGGAAGAGAAACUCUCCUGAGUUCUUAAGUUCACACUCAUUAACUUUGAGGGUGGCCCAUCUACCCACUAAAAUUGGUCAAAGGAAUGCCAUGUGAGAUGUGCUUUAAAUGGCAUUUUUCCUUUUUUAAAAUUUAAAUUUUAGUUGCCAUACAGUGCAAAAUUGGUUUAGAUGGCAUUUUAGAUUGAGAUUCUCUGUUUGGAGCUGCGCCUGUUGUGCACAGUGCUGAUGGUUGUUGGGGGAGGGAGGCUAGGAAGGUGCUGGUGCUUAUAGGGAUAGCCUUAUAUAGCACAUGAGAAAUGAGAGGCUCUGGGAGUACACUAAUAUUGCCAUCAGCAUACAUCUCCCGGCCUUCUCACCCCCAGCCUCCUGAUAUCUAGUGGCUUCUUCCACAAAUGUAUCUCUAAGAAGAUGGACAGGUGCUGUCGCUGCUGUGCAUCAUACCCAAGUUGGUCCACCCUUGGACGCAGUAUGGUUUUAUAUGCUGGCCUUGGCGAGACACCGUCCAGCCAGCUUGUCUGUUGUCUGGGUCCCUUAGAGUCUGGUUUCCCUGCCCUGCAUAAUUUAAGCAUUAGAGCUAAAUACAUCUGUCAUUUUCCUCUCUGGAGACUGGGAAAUGCCCAGAGCUUUUCAGAAUAGUGGAGAGAAGAAAUGUUAUGUAACUGCUCGUGGAGGCCCAGAACCGUUCAGACAUGGAGGGGCUGGGGACAACCCAGAGACCAUUCCUCCUGCACUUUGUGUGUCUGUCAUUCGGCAGCCGUAAAUCCAAGAGUGAGCCCCAGCUGCAGGCACCUGAGCAGAGAAGGGAAACCAGUCUAGAGUUUCAAACAGAAACUGGAAAGUCAGGCCAUCAGCUGUGUACCAAGCCUCAUUUACAUCCUUUCCUCACAACAGCUCUGUGGGGUAGGGAGUAGGAGUGGUCAUCUUGUAAAGCCACCUCUACUCAAAGAUCAGCAGUGUCCCAACCUCCAAGCCCCAACCCCUCAGAGCAAUUUUGGCCCUUUGAGGAACAGACUCACUUAUCCACAAGAAUUGGUGACAGAAUCAGACAGACACAUGGUAUUCCCAAGAACCCUAGUCUUGCAAUUGGCACUUUCCUCCAGACUUUGCCAGAAACCUGCUGGCUGUAGUCUCCUUCCCUCCUGUGGGGAGUGGAGACUGGAGGGGCAGAUGUAGACAAGGAACUAACACGCGGCCUCUUCCCUGCCUUCGUCAGGGACAGGACCCAGGACAGCUGCUGUGCAUCUUCAGGGAACCAGGGAAGGUCCCAGUAGGCAGAGGGAGACACCUGUCCCAACUGCGCAUGCACCAAAUGGCGUGCACUAUUAUGUGUUCGGUGCAGAAUGUUGAUGGUAACUUAAUGUACUGCAAACUCGUAAAGACUUUCACCAUGUAAAGAAUGUAUGUAAAUUAAAGUUUUAUGUAAUGAAAGUUUUUACUUUUGCAAUUAAAAGUGUAUGUUGGUUGAUAAGAA